AGGAAGAAUCCGUUUGGGCAUCUGCUCUCAGCUGCUUGUUAUAUUUUGUCGGUGAUAGAGGGAAAAUAAGGAGAAAGCAGCUAAGUGGUCUUGACAUAAGGGUAUGUUUGGCCUAUGCGGCUGAAUAUUAUAUUUUCCUUCUGCUGUCAUUGCCUUCAUACUCUCAUUUGGAUCUCUCAUUUUAUUUGUUUCUUAGACAUUUUUUAUUUCUCUUUUCCGCGGUAUGCUACCUUUAAAUUGGCUCUCUUGCUAAGCUGUACUUUCUGACGAGCCAGUUACUUUGAACUAGCAAAAGGAAUUCUUGGUCAGAAGUUGUUCAUUCCAAGCUUAUUUGUAUCAUGACAAAUAUGAUUUACCGAUCUCUAGAGCUAGAUGGUUCUAUCAAAGCAACGUCAAGUGCCUCAAGUUUUCUUAUAGAACAGGUCGAUCUGAUUGGUGGCGUGGAGUUCAUUCUCUAUAAGUACUCUUUGGCAACCACUAGAGAGGAAAGAAGAAAUCUCUACUCGGUUUUAUUUGACUAUGUUCUGCAUCAAAUUAAUGAGGCUUGCGCAGCUGCUGGUCUUUCUGAGUACACUGAUGAUGAGAUUCAACCAUUGGCUGUUCGGCUUGCUCUUGCUGAUGCACCUGAAGCUUUCUACAUUUCUGUUAAGCUUGGUGUUGAAGGCAUAGGGAAAAUCCUGCGAAGAUCAAUUGCUGCUUCAUUGUCUGGGUUUAGCAAUAGCGAACGUCUAAACCAGCUUUUGGCAAAUAUAACAGAAAAAUUUGACACGAUAGUAGCUUCGUUUACUCACUUGGACAAAGAGUUUCUGCAUCUCAGACAGAUAACCAAGUCGUCCAAGUACAUGGAAACCAUUCAAGAGUUAAGAAAUGAUAUAAGCAUGUCAGUGAAUCUAGCUUGGGCCACUUUGCACUCUCUUCUUCAUUCAGAAAGAGCCACAAAUCGUCAAAAUGGAUAUAUCUAAAAGAUUUAUAGAGAGAGUUAGAGUGAUUUAGAGAAUAAGAGAAUGGGAUUGGAUUAUAAAGAGAUUAGUGAAGAAUCAUGAUGAACACUCAAGAACAAGAAAGAGAGAAUGACUCAAACUGUGUAAUCUUUUAUUAAUGACAUGAGUUGAUAUAUAUACAAGGAGAGAGAGCUAGGGUUUGCGAGAAUCAGAUAGGCUUAAGCAUGUGUAGUCAAGGGGAAGAGGAGCGCCCAUUUCAAACUGUCCAAUGGGAGGCUUUACACGCUUUUGGCAUCAAGGCAUCUUGGACAAGAUCCUUUCUUCUUUACAGCUGUGCCAGCCUGUCUUGGACUUCAUUUUCUUCCUGUUCAACGGUCUGAUCCAUAGGUGCAAGCUCAGGUAACUUCUCUUUCACUUUCCUUUUACCCGGGUGAUCAUAAGUUACAUUUGGUCGAGUUAAAGUCGACCACGGUCUGUCCAGACUGUACGGCCUGUCCGGCCAUGUACGGUCUUGUACGGCCUGGUCGAUCUUCACUCCCAAAACUCACCCAAGCUGAACCUUCUCUCAUGUUCUCCAACUCCUCCUCUCUUCUCUUCUUAUACUCAGCUCAUUUCAACAAUAUCUGGUUGGGGGAUCUUCUGAUUUCGGAAGUUAGUGAAGAGAGUGGUGGAAGUAUAUGGCUGAGCAUAAAAGACCUGCAGCAAAAGAUUGCCAAUUGUGGUGCCUCCGACUCUCUAAUUACUUCUGAUAUACCUAUUUCCGUACAUCUUCUGUGUGGACUCUUGAAGUCAAAGAACAGUGUUAUCAGAUGGGGUUUUCUGUUCAUACUGGAGAGGCUUCUUAUGCGUUCCAAGUUCUUACUAGAUGAGAAUGAGACACAGCGAUCAACUGUUGGAAGUGCUAGUCAGGAUCAGAAAGACACGCGACUAGAGAAAGCAAAUGCUGUUAUAGACAUAAUGUGCAGCGCUUUGUCUUUGAUGGCACAAAUAAAUGAAACUGACCGGCUUAAUAUCUUAAAGAUGUGUGACAUUCUUUUCUCGCAAUUGUGCUUGAAAGUUUUGUCUACUGAUGAGGAAGCAGUCCCCAGUUCUGCUGAGAGGAAUAACAAAUUUGAUACAUCCCAUCGUAACAGCUAUAAAGAGAGUAUGGAUGAUGCUGACAUCAGGCCUCGGUACAACAAUGUCUCUGUUUCAACGUGCGAGACAGCGUCAAUGGCAGCAAUGCUUCUUCGUGGAUAAGCCAUCGUCCCUAUGCAGCUGGUUGCGCGUGUUCCAGCGGCUUUGUUUUAUUGGCCCUUGAUUCAACUAGCAGGUGCAGCAACUGACAAAAUUGCACUUGGUGUCGCAGUUGGAAGCAAAGGAAGAGGGAAUAUCCCAGGGGCAACCUCUGAUAUUCGAGCCACCCUGCUAUUACUUCUGAUCGGUAAAUGCACGGCAGAUACAGUUGCUUUUCAAGAAGUUGGUGGAGAGGAGUUCUUCAGGGAACUCCUGGAUGAUACUGACUCAAGGGUGGCUUAUUACUCUUCAGCAUUUCUCCUAAAG